AUGGGCAGGCCCAGCGUGAGCUUGACGUGCUACCAACCAAGACCACGUUGGUUAGGGCAGCCAGAUCCACAAUGUGCCAUUCGAGUCCCAUUGCAAUACGCCGUGCUUGCGAGCCAAGGAUCAUGGGACAUGCUCGUGCUGCCGCACGCGCCUCGGACUAUACGAUAUGGCUCAUCUGGCUCAAAUGUCAAUUGGCGAUUGCUUGGCAUUCGACCGUCUGACCUGCCCCAGCCAGCGCUGCGAUACGGGGACCCCUUCAACGUUGCCGACUUGCAGGUUGACUUCGACAGCCGUCGUGAUAUCACUGUUUGCUUCCAACAAUUGCUUGGUCAACUGGACGUGCAAGCGCAUGAGGGCCGGCGCAGGUACAGAGAAGUAGAGAGAUGUCUACUGACCGUCAGAAGGUUGCACCGAGAACUUGACGACGUUGCGCUAGUGAAGACCAUCAAGGAGAUCCACGGUCGCGCCGCCUCCGGAGAGGAACGGCCUUUCAGGAACUCCGCGUGCAAGGUUUCGUUUCUUCUCAAGGCCAUGAUGAUGGCCGUCAUGUUGAAGAAGUCUGGCGACUUCGCUGACAUCCUGCUGCGGAGUUGCCAAAUUGUCGCCCCGCCUGCGUUGAUGAAUGCGGUUUCGAAGCUCCUGCAUGAGGCCCGGGCCGCGUUGCCGCACAAAUCGACAAUCAGCAGAUGGCGAUUCAUUCUCGAUGGGGCGUACAUGCUCAAUCGUAGGGCUCAGACAGACCGUGGCGGCGGCCAGUUGCGGUACCUCAUGAGCGACAGUUCUCUGCAGCAUGGGCGCGACUUCUCGCGCAAUGUGGUGUUGGAAAUUGCACAGGACAACAUCGUUGGAGCCUUCGACGUCGCAAAUGACUUGAUCAACUUGCGGUUGCCACCAGCCACAUCGGGUGAUGACGAUAGCGUCGAGCUCGAGCUGCAGUAUUUCGAAGCCUUGCAGCGCUCGCUGGAGAUCCACCACUUGCCCAUCAUGUGCCUUGGCUCUGGCAGGACAACCUUGCUGGAUAAGUUCACCGCUGUGAUGUGCUGCGUCCUCCAUGAGUCUGGCUCUUGCGCCGUAUCUUUCGUGCAGUAUGUUUCCAACGUUCGAGUGAUCGCAACUGACUUCGGCGUGGAAUUCGGUUUGCCGACCGUCGCACCCAUCGCCGUGCAAGAUUUGUUCCCGUGGUAUCGCGGCCUCCCCGCGGAGAACGUGGUCAACCCAGCUGAAGCUACGGGUGACAUCGUUGAUCUUCGACUUGCCAACGUCCGCGACCAGUCCCUGGAGAAAGACGUCUCCCUUCAGGAUGGGCCCUGA